UUAAAACGACUGCCACAAUGGGAAGUUAAAAUGAGAAAAUUGUUAGACAUUAAUUGUUGGUAGUAGAGUACCUAAUAGCAUACAUCACAAUGCCAAAGUACGCGAGGAGUGCCAGCAUGCCUUCUAUAGGCUUCAGCCCGUAUUCUGCGACGAUGGAACCCCUGGCUCAUGCCAGUCGCGUGACUCUUGCUCCAGGUACGAGGAAGUUUAAGAAGAGAAGGAGAGGCGACUUCAUUUGGCAAGGCCGAUAUAAGGCGGUUACUUUCGCCAUAUUGAAUCUUCCUUGGAAUGUGUGGUUUCAAACAAUACUUCUUACCACUAUUAUCUACAAGUACGUAGUGAACUUACUACUCGGCUACUAUCUUACUAACUCGUCGACGUUUCUACUGGACGUUACAUUGCAUGUAACUGAAGUGCUAUUUGUCGUGGACGUGGUGGUACAUUGUCUCCAUGCCUACUGGCCUCCGGUCAGAUUACAUAUGAGGAUAUACAUGAGAACUCGACUGGCGCUGAUAUAUGAUCUUAUCACUCUCAUACCGAUUUCGACAAUAUUUAUGUACAAACCAGGCUUUGAGUUAGUCGUGAGGUACGGAAGAUGGCUGCCAAUGAGUCGCGUUUAUAGAAUUUUUUCAUAUUUCAAACAAGCAAAUGAAAAGGUGCAAAACGGUUCAAGAAAACUUCUGUACAUGAUAGAGAACGUGUUAUCCAUAAUGCUGACCGUACACUUGGGAGCCUGUCUACUGUACCACAUACACUCGAAGGCAGACGACAAGGAGAGUUGGUACAAGCUUGGCUACCCCGAAUACGUUAACAGUCAUAAGAUCAAGUUUGAUAAUUACAUUGCUUGUUGGUAUUAUUGCUCCUGUCGUUUGUUCAAUGUUAUAUUUGGAGAUGCAUUUCCAUUACUCGAUGCAGAUAAGUGGCUGACGUCUUUCCUGAUGAUAAUCGGGUACGUGGUAUUCCGGUUCCAGUACAUCGGGAUUAUGACCUGGGAGUUAGUUCUGGAGAACACGCGCAGAUCCUUGUUCAUAGAUCAGUACCACCACAUGGUAAGCUUCCUCAAACUGCGCAACGCGCCCACGUGGCUGUUGGACCAAGCGAAGGAAUAUAAGAAACGGCUAUGGACGAUGAAAGACGGCGUGCUGUCCUGCAAUGAACUGCAACGGCUGCCUCUGGCCUUGCAGAUGGAGCUCGUGUUUGAUAUCAACAUUGUGCACUUCCAUAACUCACUGCUUUUUAGGGAAGCGGAUGAGGCUUUUCUUCGUCAAAUUUCGCUGUUGAUGAAACACGAGCUAUACCUAGCGGGGCAGUACAUUUGGAGCCAGAACGUGGUGAAGAUGGGCAUGAUCUGCAUCAAGCGGGGAGUCAUCGAGAUGCUGUCCGACGAAGACGACGAGAGUCCCAUCAUUGCAUUCAAGGAAGGCACUGUACUGGGUGAACUGAGUCUAUUCUACUCGAUCCCGGCAAAGGUUACCGUGAAGGCGGCUACUUAUGUGGAGCUCCAGGUAUUGCGUCGGACGGAUUUCAUGCGAGUGGCGGAGGAGCAUCCAGUCAUGCUGUCCUUUGUGAAAAACAAAAUUAAAGAGCGGCUACGGAAAUCUAGGCAGAGACAGGAAGCGAUAGAGGAAUACGACAAAGGCGAUUCAAGACUAAUUCGAACUCGUUACAGACCUAUGAAAGUGCUUAAAGACAAUUUAGCUGGUAUCGAAGAGGAAGACCCCACAUUUGUAGACGAUUCUCACAUGUAUUACAAAGAUGAGAAUAAUGAGCGACAGCCGAAAUUUACAACGGAAUAUCUGGAAUUGUAUCAAAUGUCAAAUAAAGUUACAACUAUCGAUUCUCCCAAAAUAUGCCUAAGGUCGAAUUUUCCUUGGAUACUGCAGCCAAACACAGCUUUCACUCACAUGUUUGACGUAGCGCAUUUCCUGAUGGUACUGUAUCUGUGUGGGUUGUCGCCCUACUACGCCUUACAGACACACAAAACGGACUUCGAAAUUGCCUUUAGCACACUCGUGGUGGCUGGACUGCUUUUGAAUAUCUACAUUCAGCUUACUACGGCUAUUAUUGAGAAGAAUGUCAGAAAAGAAACAGUGCAAGAGAUAGCAGAAGUGAAGAUGUCGUCAGUAGGCUUCUACCUGGACAUUCUGUCGGUGUUUCCCCUGUACAUCUUCUCGGACACUUUCGACCCGACACACAAGUCCGUCAUCGGCCAGGUGGUCAAGCUGUUCCCGAUGCUCCAGGUCUGGCACAUCUGGGACUACUGCAGCAGGUGGAUGCAGAACUUUAGUGCUAACCUCAAGCUCCUAGUGUUGGUCAAGCACACUCUACUGGUAGUUAUUUGCUGUUAUUGGUCUGGAUGUUUGCUAUAUUUGUAUGCUUGUCCAAGAAGGUUGUGCUUUGAGAAAUCCUGGAUGUCGCAGCUGAUUUACUGGGAAACGAAAGUUUUCAUGACGACGAAUGCUCGCCACGAGCGCCCAUUUGUAUCAGCAUUUGCGUUCGGGUCGUCUGUAUUCACCCUCACUGGCUCAUCAGACUUAGCGCCAGGGGUCCGAGAUUUACUUGUGGUGGUUUGUAUUUUUACUAUUGGAGGAUUUCUCUACUGCUUUUAUACUGCCAAAAUUUGUAGCAUUUACGUGCUUGAGACCAGAAGGAAGUUAAAAUUUAAGGGAUGUAUGACAGAGCUGUUCUACUUCCUAUCGGUGAACCGUGUUAGUGGGAAAAUAAAGUCAAGAGUUAAAAAGUUUUUCUGCGUUCAAUGGUACUACAACAACUCAGUGUCCACAAAAGAGAUUUUCCAAGACAUGUCAACGAAUAUUCAGCAAGAGGUCCUCUCCGUGGAAAUGGUGGAGACUUUACUGUUUUGCCCCAUCUUCCAGGGUUGCAACCGUGACUUUCUGCAGACCGUGACGGCCAGCUCCAGGACUAUAGUGCUGCCUGACAACGAAGUGGUCCAGCAUGCUGCCGAUAUAGGACGCGAUAUGUACAUCUUACAAAAGGGUCAUUGUAACCUCCUCAAUCACAACGCCAAAGUGGAGAGGUCGAUAGGACCCGGCAAUCACUUCGGAGCCAUUGAAAUGCUGUUUGGUUUGCCAAAGGUGUACACAGUGAUGACAACGACAAACUGCAUAUUACUGCAUGUAGAAUACAGAACACUGGUGCAGUGUUGGGGCACAUUCCCUGAUAUUAGUCAUCCCAUUAUCACGGUGAUCGAAGACCCUGAGAUAUUGGAAAAAGCUAAAUGUUACGAGGAGGCCAAGCCGCUGACCGGCAAGCUGGACUCGAAAACAAACAGAAUUGCGCAAGAGAUAAAGGAAAGUUUCGUGGUGAUGACCGACCGAGCUGAGCGCGCGAAGUUCAUGAAGGUCUUCGAUUGUUUAGGCAUUAUGAGAUUUCUCAAAUACUUGUUCAUACCUGGUUGCAUCACGCCGCACGGUAUAUUCCUCAAGACUUGGUGCGCCUUGCGCUUUCUGAUCGCCUGGUACUAUGUUACUGUAAUACCUUACAAUAUGGCUACCAAACAACAUAUGCAUCAAGGCAUAUUCUACUACGCUGAUAUAUUCUUAUACGUCGACGUCAUAGUGAUGGCAUACGUCGCUUACUACAACGAGAAUUCUAUAUUGGUCACUCAUCCUCUACUAACGGUCUCCCGAUAUUUGAAACACGCUUUUUUACUGGACGCUAUCAGCAUUUUUCCGUUUGAACAAUUGGUACGAAUAGUAAAUGAAAACAACAAUUUAGAUAUGUUUAGACUAAACAGAAUGCUGUUGCUAACAAGAAUAACCGGGGCUUUCUCAUAUUUGGAAAGCGAUAUAAUGCAAGUGAACUUCAUAGUGAUCCUGCUAAAGUUCCUGCCCAUAGCCAUAACAUUUGUGAACAUCGCCACUGCGUGUCUAUUCGUCAACUCUUGUUCAGACACCUACUUGCCCAAGAAUGCCACCUCCAGCUACAUCCUCGUCGAGUGCACCAGGGUGCUUAGUGUCUCCAACAGGCCUGACAGAAAAUAUGCAGUAACUGAAUAUGCGUACACAUUUUUCUGGGCUUUCGAAAUAUUUGUUGCCUGUGGUUGUACUCCAGUGAACGUGUCUAACAAUGUGGAGAUAUGGCUCACAAUAGUCCUGCAGAUUGUGGGCUCACUGUAUUUCGCGUUCAUGUUUGCGUAUGUGUCUUCUACUCGUACGGCCUCCACUCACGCCUUGUUGAAACAUUCUGAAAAAACAAAAGACCUGGCGAACUUUCUGUACCAAGCGAAUGUGGACCCGAACUUGACUGCCAGAACUCUGAAAUAUUUCGAAUACGUGUGGAAACGGACCAACGGCAGCAACGCACAGCAAAUCUGCCGCCGUCUACAUUCAGCCCUUAUGGAAGACACCUUGGUGUUCAUGUACGAGAAGGCCCUACGUGAGGUGCCUCUCUUCGGGAAAGUGGAACGGUCCUUCAUCAGGGUAUUCACGCAGCAUUUGGACGAAAUGUACUUCCUUAAGGGAGAGACAGUUAUACAGUGCAUGGACGUGCAACAGUACAUUUACAUUAUUUAUAGAGGAAAGGUGGACGUCCUCACUUCAUACAAUGAAAUGAUUACGUGUAUGGGACCUGGAGGCAUGUUUGGCAACUUCAGUGGCCAACCAAUGGCAUGUUCAUCGGUGACAAUCUUCGCGAGUCGCAGUCUCGACUUGCUUGUGAUAUCCGGCCCUACGUUCUUCAACCUCAUCAAGUACUACCCUAAGAUCCAAGAACCAUUGAACAAGGCUUUCUUAAAUUCGAAAGACUAUAUUUUACCUAUAACUAUGAACUAUACUGAUGAUUCGUCUUCAGAAGGCUCAGAGUAUGAGCUGUAUUCGUUGGGAUCAGUCGCCGACUCCAGAAGUGAAUCGAGCAAAGAUGGUACUAAUGCAUCAGCUAUAUACCGCAGCCAGUCCCAGUCCAACGUGAGCCAAUCGAAAUCCGCCGCUAGUGUGGGGACGUACUAUAGCUAUUUGUCUAUGGAUAACAUUUUCAGACCCGGCUCGAUGAUGUUUCAGGGUUUCGGAUACUUAACAUGUGCAUUAACAACUGUUAAUUACGUACUAGUAUUGUAUGAAGUGGUGACACUCAACGACUGUGUCGUAUUUUUCUGGCUGCAGGCCUUAUUCGAUAUAUUUUUCUAUGCUAAGAUAUAUUUAACAAUGCACCAGGGUUUCUUGACCAAGCAUGGUGAUAUUUUGAUAGACCCGGUCAAAUGUAGGAAGAAAUAUUUUAAAAAAUCACUCUGGGUGUGGGCUGAUGCUCUGUCAAAUGCCCCUUUGGAGUUCAUUGGCUUCUUUUUCAGCGAACCUACUCGAAUGAAAGUGAUCCACUAUUGUCGAAUCAAUAAGUUGAUUCGACUGUCUUAUCUGAUAGAAUUUUAUAAUAAUACUGCUGCUGAACUUACGAAUAACCUCACUAUACUUCAGGCGACUAUGACGUUGAUUGUGGUUGUUGUCAUUAUACACACCUUCACAUGCUUCUGGCUUAUCUCCAUGAUGGCGUAUUCUCCAGUUACCAUCAUAAGGACGCUCAAGAUGCAUCUCAUAGAUGAGGUCACACCACAGCGGCGCUGGGACUACGUGUCCUCCUUAUGCGUGAUCAUCUCGGAGCUGACGACGACCGGCGGCGACGAGUUCGUCAUCACCGACAUCAUCCCCAUGAUCAUCCUGUCGGCCUGUCUCAUCAGCGGCAAGAUGUUGGCUUCUGUGGUGGUAGCCACCGCUAUACAAAUCGCGUACGCUACCAAGUAUGCCAUGAUUCAGUACGAAAAGUCCACCACUGAGCUCAUUGAUAUGUUGAAGAACCAGGGGCUGUCAAGUUACCAACUGAAGAAGUUUGUGAAGUAUGUUCAACAGCUUUGGGCAACUGAACGCGGCAGACAGCUGCCAGUUCUCCUGAGCCAGACCCCUUACGUCCGGCGCUGCAUCCUCAUGUCUGCUAUGUUUGGCCACCACUUGAGGAACUGCCACAUUUUCUCCGAUACGGGAGAAGCAUUCUUGCGUCAACUGGCUGGGGCUCUUGAAUAUACCACAUUUUUUCCAGGUAACUAUAUAGUGGUAGCAGGGGACAGUGAAGCCCGGAUGUACUGGGUGACGACGGGCAUCGUGUCUGUGGUGUCCGUCAGGCCAGAUUUAACGGAGACCACACACGAGUUCUUGCAUGCAGGCGAUAUGUUCGGGUUGUUGCAAGGGUUGAACAGGGGCAUCCCUCACUGCUUCUCGUACAGGGCUGAGACAAAGGUGAGUGUAGUGUCUCUCGCUUUGGACAACUGGCUCGACAUGGUGCAGUUUUUCCCAGAUGCCAAGAAGAUAAUCAUUGAAAGUGCUGAAGUUUUAUUCACUACCUUAGUCUAGUUUUAAAUUUAUUAGCGAGUGUUUCAUUAUUCGCGGAGGCAUAAUGCAUGAAAUGGAGGAUUUCAAUGUAAUUAUAUUCAGCUUGUUCAGUUAGUGAGAUCAAAUUUUGUUAAAAUUAUAAUGAUGUACCUUCAUAUCAUUGGUAGCUGAUGUACUUUUUAAUUUUAAUAUAAUUUACAAUAGAGUAGUUGACAAGGUUAGAGCAUUGUAAAAAAUAUAUAUAAUCUAGAUAAAAGAGAUAUAUUUAGGAUUAUUAUAGUACUUCAUAGACUGUGACAAUGCAGCUGGAUUAUACGAAAAAGUUGGUUGGGAAGUCCAUUAUUCAAAAAGGAACAAAAUCCAAUAUUUUUCAAAAAGUAUGAAAAUAUGAAAACAAUCUUUACAAUAAAAAAACUGAAAUUUUGCAAGAAUUUGUAUUAACAAUUUAAUUUUUAAUUUAUUUUCUUUGUGAACAUUACAUUUAUCAAGUCGUGACGUCUCUUCUAUGUGGCAUUUAGUGUGGAGCGUUUGGACGAGUACAAAAAGGUGCGAUUUUAUUAUCAAUAUCAAAUUUUUCACUUGUGUUUCUAUUAAUAUAAGGGUCUUCGAAUAGUCAUCAAAACAAAAAUUUGUCAACUAGCCUAUUAUGAAUAAUAAAUAAAUAUAAGUUCAAUUUAUAAGUAUUUAUUUUAUUAUAUUCUAUUAUAUAUCUAAAUGUGUG